AUGUUGAAUAUUGCAGGGACAGAGUGUGUGCUCUACCAGGGUUGGGUGACGACCAGCUACAAUGGUUCGUAUUCCGACAUUGUCAACCUCUACUGCUACACCGCUUAUCACUAUGGCUUCGAUCUUGCCCCUGCAGCCACCUUCACAGCUGCGUCAUAUUACUCCUUCACGCCACCUGAAAAUGCUGUUCAGGGAUUCUACUGUGACCACAUUAAGUACUGUUUUAAUUCUUUCGUCCAAACCAACCCUUGGUGGAUGGCCGACCUUGACUCGCCGAAAGGCGUUUCCAAGAUUGUCGUCAAGACACGAAAAGAUCUCAGGGACUUCAGCAACGUGGAGAUCCGCCUGGGUAACACCUCGAGCUUCACCAGCAACCCGCUGUUUGCCUCGUACAUGGGACUGACACCUACUCCCCUGGAGAUCCUGGUUUUCGCUCCAUCAUCCCCCAUGACAGGUCGCUACCUCUCCCUUCAGAGCAUCACAUCAUCGGGAGCCCUUAAUGUUUGCAACAUCCAGAUCAUUGCUGCUUGA